AAGGGCGUGGCUGCAGCGCUAUGGACCCGGUGCAGGCUACCGGCCGGCCAGAGUCGCCCGGUGCGUCCGCCUUACCUUCGGUGGGUGUUGCUGGCUGAAGCCUUGGGUGGGAACCCGUAAAGAGCAACUAGGAAGUUAAUGCAGAGUGUCCGGGAAGCCUCGGGACUUGCUGGGUGGUGGAGACCGUCGUCAGCUGCCAUCUACCCAGACAGGGUUUAUCGUGACUUUACCACUUGGCGCUGGUUACAGCCCCAGUCCCGCGUCUCAUCCAGAGUAACCGUACCCUGCUGCCCCUUAGGCUGGUGACGAGGACCCAUGGGUGUCAGGCACUGUGCAUAGCGCUCUUCAAUUCUUGCAACUGCCCGACAAGGUAGGCGCCCAGUUUACAAACGUGGAUGUACACAAGUCUAGAGGGUUUCGUGGACUUGUCAGGCUCAGGCCUGUAAAGAGGGGUCCCUACUCCAAGGCUCCCCACCCUGCCCGGCUCCCUUGUUACAACUGGCACGCUCUGAAGGGCCUACCCACCCCCAUACUGUGCUCGUGGCUGGCUGCAGAGACCAUCUCAUGCAACCGUCUUUUCUCAACCCAAGGACAGUUCUUGCCACCUUCAGGGCAGCUCCAUGGCUAUUCUGUGUGACUCACAUGCAACUUCCUUCUUGCUGCCUUCAGACAGUGAGGACUGGGCAGAGCAAGGUGCCCCUGCCUUUGUGUAUGGGCAGAAGGAGCUCAUCGUGGGAGGAAUCCAGUGGCCCAGCCGUGCACCCAAUGCUCUGGAUUCACUGCCACUGUCCCAUUUCGACACUGCACUCUGCUCUGCCUGGAGGCAGCGGAUGGAGCUGGGGUUCUUUCGGUACCGCCUUGGGGAGUUGCAGACCCGAGUCCUCCCUGGUGCUGUAGGUUUUGUGGCUCAGCUGAAUGUGGAGCGAGGUGUGCAGAGGAGGCGCCCGCAGAAUAUUGAGAGUGUGAGGCAGGCAUUCGACCCAGAACAGUUUAACUUCAACAAGAUCCGGCCUGGAGAAGUCCUCUUCCAUUUGUACCGGAAGCUUGACACGCACAAUGACCUCCCACAGGAGGACAUCCUGGUGGUGAUCAACGUCAGCCCACUGGAGUGGGGACACGUGCUGCUGGUGCCUGAGCCUGCCCGGGGGCUGCCCCAGCGCCUACUGCCGGGUGUGUUGCGGGCUGGCCUGGAAGCUGUGCUGCUGAGCUUGAACCCUGGCUUCCGGGUGGGUUUCAACAGCCUGGGGGGCUUGGCCUCAGUAAACCACCUCCACUUGCAUGGCUAUUACCUGGCCCACAGACUGCCCGUGGAGGUGGCACCCAGCCAGCCCCUGGACCCAAGGGGCCGUUUGCACCUGCUCCAGACCCUACCGGCUCCUGGCUUCCUCUUUUACACCAGUGGGCCUGGGCCUGACUUGGAAGCUGUGAUUAGCAGGGUCUGUCGGGCCACAGACUAUCUGGGUGACCACGAGAUUGCACAUAACUUGUUUGUGACACGGGGAGCCCCGCCUGGAAAGACAUCACCUGGCUCGGCCCUUGAAGGGGUCCGAGUGAUCCUGUGGGCCCGGAAGUCCAGCUUUGGAAUAAAGGAGGGCGAGGCUUUCAAUAUUGCCCUCUGUGAGCUAGCUGGGCACCUCCCUGUUAAAACAGCCCAGGACUUCAGCAGCCUGACGGAGGCGGCUGCUGUGGCCCUCAUUCAGGACUGCCUGCUGCCCCCUUCCCAGGCUGCGGUUGUGCAGGGAGCACUGAUGGCCCUGAUGGCCCAGGAAGAGCCAUAGUCCUGGAGUUGUGUCUUCACUGGCUAGUCUGUGCCCCUCUCCAGAGUCUGCUCACUGUCUUGUGGUCACUUGGGCAUUUAUUUUCAUGGCUCCUUCCCAUAUCUCUAGACCUAAAGAGAGAUAUGAAUAAAGAACUGAUUAUUGCUCUGUAAUCCCACCACUCUGAGAGGCUGAGGCAGGAGGAUAGCAAGUUUGACCCUACCUUGGGCAACUUAGUGGCCUUGGUAACUGGUCUCCAUGAAAGGGAGAAACCUUGGGAUAAAUCUAAUGAAUGUACUCUUGUGGAUGUAGCUGCUGUUGCUUACCCUUCUUCUUAGAUAAGCUCCAGGAAUGUCGAGCCUGUUGUUAAGGGAAUGUAUGCAAGAGUUUCACGCUCCGUACAUGGACCAUUCCCGUGACACCAAAUGUUAGCCUUUUUUGCUUUUUCUUUUUGUGUGCUGGACAUCAAAUUUAGUGCAUACUAGGCAAGCAUCUGGUCACUGAGCUACACUCAGCCCAAGUGUUGGCCUUUGCUUUGUUGGUUUCUGUGCCUCUAACAUGGAGCUGGCACUUGCUAUGUUCUCAUCCUCUCUGUCCCCCUCUUUGCCCACAGUUGAUUUUUUUUUUAAGAGCUGUAAUACUUAUUUGUUUUUGUUUUGUUGUUUUU